AUGCUUCGCCAAUCUAUCAUCCGACCUGCCGCCACUGCCACCCGGGCUCUCCAGUACCGCUCCUUCUCGGUUGCUGUGCCCCGAAUGGGUGAAGGUGACUCUAGCGCUCCCCGCGCAUCUGGGGUCCCAACCUCUGGUGACGCAUUCACCAAGCGCGAGGCUGCCCAGGAAAGCAUGUACAUCCGCGAGAAGGAGCUCGAGAAGCUGUCCAAGCUGAAGAAACAGAUCGCUGAGCAGCGCAAGCACCUUGAUGACCUCGAGGGCCACAUUGAUACCCUGACUGCCGAGCAGAAGCGUUAA